AUGAAAUUCUUCGAAGCUUUUCCAUGCAAAUAUACUAUCGAGGUCACUGAGGGAGCUGAAACGAUCGACUUUUUUGUCCAAUGGCUCUAUACCCCUGGACGUUUCUUCAAGGUACCAGAAAUCAAGACAGUUCUGGACUUAUGGUUAUUUGCCGGAAGAAUUAAGUGCACAAAGCUCCAGAACUAUAGCAUGGAUUUCAUUCAAAAGUACUAUUAUCAGGAUGCUGAGUUUAUGGAUCUUGUUGACCUAAAAUACGUUGCCAGCGCCACUAAGCACGAGUGCGGUAAAUACAAUGUUUUACGGGAAUUCUGUGCUUUACAACUUCACUACCAGAACGAAAAUGAAGAUCGCGAAGCUGUUCGUCAUGCUCUCCUUGAUUCCUCGGAUAUAAUCGAUCUAUAUCUCGAAUAUGAAAAAGUGUACUGUUUAGACACCGAAUCUGACCCCAGAAGUCCCACCACAUCUCCUUGCCAGUUUCAUGUCUAUGUUACCAAUAAAGAUCUCGAGGACUGCCAAACGAAGCUCGAAUAG